UGUUGAUCGCUUGUUGUGAAACUGUGAUUAAUUCUAUUUUGUAAACUAUUUUUUGACUUGAAAAAGUGCUAAAUAUGGCUGCAAAGAUCGACCAGAAAGCUUAUUUACAGAAAUAUUUAACUGGAUCAUCGGGGGAUAAAAAGAAGAAGAAGAAAAAGGUCGUGAAAGGCAAAGGGAUGAAACUAAUAGACGAUGAUCUAGACUUAUCCAAGCUCCGUCCCCUAGACGGGGAUGAGUUGGACGUAUUUGACGGAGGCGAGGACGCCCCGCAGAUUGCCGGCAUCAUUGAUGAGAGGCCGGAGGAAGUGCGAAAGAUGGAGCAGUUCAAAACUAGUUCUAAGUGGAAGGUUGUUAACCAGGAUGAUGGUUUCAACAGUAGACUACAAGUACAAGAAAUAAAACAAGAUAUCAAAGAGAAAGAGAAAGAAAAUGAACUUAUAUUUGGAAAAAUGUACAGUGACUCCGAAGACGAAGAUCAAGAUAAAACUAACUCUAAAGAUAAAGGUUCUAAAAAAACUCAAAAUAGUGAUAGUGAUGUUAGUCCACCGAGGCAAAGGAAAUCACCUCAGAAAGAGAAAUAUGAUUCUGAUCAGUCACCUCCAAGAAAAAAUAGUCAAAGAGAUAAGAGAAGAGGUCAUGACUCUGAUGAAUCACCUCCAAGAAAGAAGGCUCAAAGAAGUAAAAAGAAUAACGAUUCUGACCAAUCGCCCCCAAGAAGGAAAGAGAGAAAAAAUUAUGAUUCUGAUCAGUCACCUCCAAGAAAAUCUCAAAAAGAACAGAAAAGAGAUGUAUCACCUAAAAAGAGUCAAAAAGAAAGAAGUAAGAAUUAUGACUCUGAUGUGUCACCUCCAAGAAAAAAUCAAAGAAAGAAUUAUGAUUCUGAUGAGUCACCACCAAGAAAAAGAGAAAAUAGACCAAAGGAACGGAGAAAACCUAGCCGUUGGGGGAAUGGGAGAAAGAAGAAUCACCGCAAAGGAAAAAGUAAAAGCUCAAAAUCUCCUAAAAGAUAUUCAAGGUCACCUCAAAGAAAAAAGCAUUCUCGUAAUUCAACGUCACCAAGAAGGAAUGAUAAAAAUGAUAGAAAAACGAAGUCGCCAAAACGAGGUUCAGAUUCUGAUUUGUCACCGCCGAGAAAACAGAAGAAUAAACGAAGAAAAUCUUCAGAUUCUGACUUGUCUCCACCUAGAAAGAAUGGUUCUAAGAAUAGAAGAGAAAGUGAUUCAGACCAGUCACCGCCCCGAAGAAAGAACGACAGUCCACCGCCAACCCACAAGAAAAUGGCCCGGACUCUCGAAGGCAAACUGGCCGGGUUGCAAGAUGCCGGACAACUCAAGCAGGAGAACGAAGCUUUCAGGAGACGGGAGGAGGAAGCAUUCAGUAGGAUGAACGAUGAAGUGUCGGGGAGGAAUGCUAAAGUAGUUUCUAGAAAGAGUAAAAGAGAAACGUCAGAAGACAGACAGAAACAGAAAGAAAAAGCGGAGAGGCAGAAGGAACUUGAUGAUAAAUACAAGAAAUGGAGUAGAGGCCUAAAACAAAUUGAAGAUCAAGAGUCUCGCGUCCAAGAUUUCAUGCACGAAGCAUCCAAGCCUUUGGCCAGACAUAAAAAUGAUGUGGACCUAGAAAGUAGACUCAAAAAUAUUGAGAGGGAGGGAGACCCCAUGCUUGCUUACAUGAGAGAGAAGAAGAGGGAACGUGGGGAAUUACCGCCAGAACGGCCCAGAUACAAAGGCAGCUUCCCGCCAAACCGUUUCAACAUCCGGCCCGGAUAUCGCUGGGACGGUGUAGACCGCUCCAACGGGUACGAGAAGAGUUUCUUCGAACACCAGAGCAAGAGAAAAGCUCAAGAGGAAGAGGCUUACAAGUGGAGCACUGAGGAUCUAUAAGCUACCUUAUGUAUGGAGUAAUUUUAUACAGGUAGUAAUUUUAUAACCGGAAAAAACUGGGUAUGAGAAGUAUUGCUAGUUAUAAAAAUUACAACCUGUAUAUUGAACCAUUUUUAUAGUGAUUUAAUGAACACACUUAAUGACUAUUUAGGUGUAAUUUUUAUUAUCGCUAAAAUUUACGAGAUAUUAUAAGUAUUGCCAGUUAUAAAAAUUACACAUAAAUAGUCAUGUGUGUAAAUUAAAUCAAUUAAAACUAACUCAAUAUACGGGGUGUAAUUUUUAUAACCGGCAAUUGUUAAAAAAUUGCCGUUUAUAAAAAUACCUCUAUUAGUGAGACUCAGUAUUUUACCACUGUUAUUAAGACUAUAUUUGAAAGAUUUCACUUGGAUUGAACCUUGAACCUGCAAAGGCAGCUUCCCGCCGAACCGUUUCAACAUCCGGCCCGGAUAUCGCUGGGACGGUAUAGACCGCUCCAACGGGUACGAGAAGAGCUUCUUCGAACACCAGAGCAAAAGGAAAGCUCAAGAGGAAGAGGCUUACAAGUGGAGCACUGAGGAUCUAUAGUAAUUUUAUACAGUUUAGUAUAUUAUAACCGGCAAAAACCGGAUAUGACAAGUAUUGCCGGUUAUAGAAAUUACAACCUGUAUAUUGAUUUUUAAGAUUGACUUGUUUUAUUAGUGAUUUUUUAUAACUAGCAAGUAAAUUCUGGAUAUGAGAAGUAUUGCUGGUUAUUAAAAUUACACUCU